GUAUAAGUUCCCCAUAAGUUCCCCACUUCCCACUUCCAACGUCUCUUUUGAAGCCGACCAGCAGCGAGCCUCUACUUCUCAUUUUUAUCUCUGUACCGUAGAAACGUCUCCAACAUGAGCUACAGGAGAUCCACCAUCCAGCAGAUAUCUGCUUCCCACAUCUCACCCCGGUACUACUCCGCCAGCAGCUACGCCGGCUCCAGCGGCCGGGACGCCCGCAUCUCCUCCGUGUCUGCAUCUUCUUUGCGUUCCGGAGCUCCCAUCACCUCCUCAGCGGGUUCCUUCAAAGUGAGCAGCGGCAUGGGUGCAGGUUUCGGCGGGUCAGGCGGCGGCAUGGGAGCCGGGAUAACCGGCAACGAGAAGGGGGCCAUGCAGAACCUCAACGACCGUCUGGCCAACUACAUUGAGACGGUGAGGAACCUGGAACAGGCCAACCAGGAGCUGGAGAUGAAGAUCAGGGAGGCCUUGAAGGCGGGAGGGCCUGACAUGAGGGACUACAGCAAGUAUGAUCCCAUCAUUGAAGAUCUACGGAAACAGAUCUUCAACAAGAUAGCAGAAAAUGCUCGUCUGGUGCUCCAGAUUGACAACUCCCGUCUGGCUGCGGAUGACUUCAAAGUAAAGUUUGACACAGAGCUGGCUAUUCGCCAGUCUGUCGAGGCCGACAUUGCCGGGCUGAAGAAAGUCAUCGAUGACACCAACAUGACCAGGAUGAACAUUGAGAGUGAGAUUGAAGCCGUGAGGGAGGAGCUUGAAUUCCUUAAGAGGAACCAUGAGAACGAGGUGAGGGAGCUGAGGAAUCAGAUCUCCCAAUCAGGAGUGCAAGUUGAUGUUGAUGCUCCCAAAGGUCAAGACUUGUCCCAGAUCAUGGAGGACAUGAGAGGAAACUAUGAGAAGAUUGCUCUGAAGAAUGCAGAGGACCUGAAACGAUGGCAUGAAAACCAAACAGCCGAUGUUCAAGCUCAGGUUUCACAGAACACAGAGGCGCUCCAGGGUGCGCAGAUGGAGAGAAGUGACUUAUCCAGACAGAUACAGACUCUAGAAAUCGAGCUAGCGUCUCAACAGAGCUUAAAAGCCUCCCUUGAAGACACACUACGCAACACGGAGCUACGUAACAACAUGGAGAUGGAGAAGUACAACGCCAUUAUCAUACGUCUGGAGGAGGAGCUGGCCAACCUGCGUGCAAACAUUCACCAGCAGACCCAGGAGUACGAGGCGCUGCUCAACCUCAAGAUGAAACUGGAAGCUGAGAUUGAGACCUACAAGAGCCUGCUGGACGGUGGAGAUUUCAAGCUCCAAGAUGCGCUUCAAUGAGCCGCCACAAUCCUUGUGAAAGAGGCUCCAUGGCUAAAUAAAGUAUACUAAUAUACUCUAUAGUAUAGUAUAGUAUACUUCCUCGCUUGUCCAGUUAAUAAAUGCAAAUUCCAAACAUAAUUGCACCACAUCUGCUCAAGUGAACCAAGCCAUGCGAGACCUGGCGGCAAUAAAGCAAUUUGUUAAACAUCA